ACGGUACUGACGGGUGUACGAUGGAGAACGUGCUGCGUAUGUACAAUGGCCGCUGGGCGAACAAGACCGCCGAGGAGCGCCCCCUCGACUGGCCCAACCAUGAUAAAUACGUAUUGCAGCAGGGCAUCAACUGGCCCGUUGACGUCUUCCUCAAACCCCGUGGCACCGACAACAACGGGACAACAAUCGACAACGUAUCAGGUAUGCAUUAGCCGGCCGACACACCGACACAAUCCUAUGACGUCACAGCGUCACCCUGUGUAUGUGUGUGUGUGUGUGAUCGCAGCGAUGUUGUUUCGUUGGUCGCUGCGAGACGACACCUCCGACAUGUCAUCCGAGAAGCGCGCAGCGUCAAUGGCGUGGGAGCAGGAGUUCCUCGACGAGGCCCACCAUCAUUGGAAGGACGAAUUCAAGAAACACAAUGUCUCCAUCUACGCAAACGCACGACGAUCCAUCGGUCGGUCCGCACGGCAAGCUCUCAACCACACAUGAAGAGGGAGGGAGGGACAGUGACGGACAGCCUCUCUCUCUCUUUCCCUCCCUCUCUGUGUCUGUGUGGCUUGGUGGUGCAGAUGACGAGCUGAAGGCCAGCACGACACUCGGCUUUGCGGAGCUUAUCCGCCUCUUCCUGGCCGGAGUGAUUGUCUUCUGCUACGCCGCCGUGGCCAACUUCUCAUGCGACCAAUCCAAGACCAAGUGAGACGAGGACACGCACACACACACACAAUCCUUCCCUGCCGUAUGUUUGGUGUUGUGUGUCUGGCUGUCUGCAGGACGUUUCCGGCCCUGAUGGGCUGCCUUGCGGCUCUGUUGGGUUUUUUGCUGGGGUCCGGUCUGUGCUACGCGUGUGGGAUGAAGCACGUGCCGCCGGCCGAGGCGACGCCAUUCCUGGUGCUGGGUGUGGGGGUGGACGACAUGUUCGUCAUCAUGAACAGCUACGCACUCGCAUUCCAGUCAUCCUCACCCAGAGAGAGGUGCCAACUCGCCAUGAAGGACUGCGGUAAGUAUGGCACUCAGACUCCCACACACACGGGGUGACGUGAUGGCGGGUGUGAGAGCUGUGUGUGUGGUGUGUAGGUAUCUCGAUCACGAUCACCACUCUGACCAACCUGAUCGCUUUCGGUGUCGGCGCGGCCAGCCCCUACUACGCCAUCGUCAACUUCUGCAUCAUCACUGCCGUUGCGCUCGCCAUGGUGGGUGCAAACACACACACUCACACACCAGUGCAUCGCAGCACUGAUUGGCUGGUCGUCGUGUUGCGUGUGUGUGUCACCAGGGUUACGUGCUGACGCUGACAUUUUUCGUGGCCAUCCUGUGUCUGGAUUGCCGCCGCGAGGCCACCCAGCCGCCCCAGACCUUCUUCCUCGCCACCUACUUCGACGGCUGCGGCCUCAGAUGCUUCUCACGCAAGUCCACGCGCGACGACAGCACACGUGCAGACACGCACCGCACCAGCAGCACCGGCCACGGCAGCAGCUCCUCGAGCCGGCGCACCUCCCAGACAUCCACAGAGGCCGGGGCGGGUGAGGUGGCGCUCACCUUCGUCAACGACGAGAAGGCCAGCUUCACCCAGCCAAUGCAUCCCGUCAGGCGAUCGGCCAGCUGGCAGCCGGCCGGCGUCAAGCGGUACCCCACUCGCAAGGAGAUGAGCACCUUCCAGCUCGUGGCACACCAGCUGCGGGACCAGGAGAAGAACAUCCGCCGCCGUCGGCCGAGGGAGGGGGAGGUGCACGAGGAGACGUGCUGGGAGUGGUGGUUCCACACGCACCUGGAGGACCCCAGCAACCCCGCCCGGCGCGUGCCGAGGGGCAGCCGCGAUGUGUCGGACGGCAAGGGCGGCCAGCGGCUGCCGUUCAAGCUGUGGUGGGAGGAAGACCCCAAUGUGACCAAGUACUUUGAGUUUGAGGAGCCUAAGGGCAACGUCGGGCGGUGGUCGCGCAAGUUCUUCCGCAGUGUGUGGGGGCGGCUCAUCACCGUGCCCGCCUUCAAGGUCAGCCAGACAACCAGGGAGGGAGGGGGAGAGGGAGGGGAGCUCAUGAUGUGUGUGUGUGUGUGUGUGUGUUGUGCAGGUGCUGGUGGUGCUGAUGUGGUUUGGAUACCUUGCCAUAAGUGGCUGGGGCGACUCCAACGUGACCAUGGGCCUCAACCUCCUCGAACUCACGCCGUUCCAGUCCUACUACCGGGUGAGUACCUGACCGACAACGAGAGCGACGCACACGCCGCAACAGAAUUGCCUCAUGUAAAUAUGCAUGAGUGCAGGAGUUCUACGAUGAGUUGUUGGAUCGGUUCGACACGUACGGCGAGCAGGUCAUGGUCAUCUUCCCGGAACCGCAUGAGUGGUGGAGAAACGAGGCCAGGGUCAGUCCACACCACACCACACACAACCGUAAGUAUCGAUGUGUGUGUGUGUGUGUCUGUGUCAACAGGAGAACUACAAGCAGCUUGUGCAGCGUAUCAAUGAGAGUGACUACGUCUCCAAGGGCCCCAACAACAUGCUCGACCCACUCCGCAUCUUCGAGGAACAGGGGGGACCGUUCGGAACAAAGAAUCCAAACCUUGCCAACUACACCAACGACCCGACGCUCUUCAUGACCGAGUAAGCUUACACAGACACUCUGGCGAGAGAGACGAGACGAGGGACAUACCACACAAAUUGCCCACGCGACCGUGCGUGUGUGCGUGUGUGCAGCCUGAAGAGAUUCCUAGGAGGAACAGGUCGCUACCUCUCCACCGAGUUUAAGUUCUCAGGCGACAACCGUAAGCUUGCAAGCAUCCCGCUUCACGUCACAUGCAUGCCUUAUCCAUCCGUUUAUCUCUCAGAGACGAUUGAGAGCUAUCGCAUGACGUUCUUCGCCAAGUCGGGGGUCAACGGUCUGAAGCUCAUGGAGGGGUCGCGCGACGACUGCCGCAAGGCGUCUGAGGCGAAGGCGGGGGCGAUAAAGUGUCAGGCGUUUGGCGAGUACUUCAUCUACUACGAGAGCGACGCCACCAUCCUGUUCGACACCUUCCAAAACAUGGGAUGGGCACUGCUGGCCGUACUCAUUGUGAGAGCACCACACACACACACACACACAGAGAGAGAGAGAGAGAGAGAGUCUCAUGUGUGUGGCUGGUUUGUGUGUGUGUGUUUGUGUGUGUAGGUGUCGAUCUUCCUAAUGCACCACUGGCAGUGUUGGGUGUUGGUCAUCUUGAUGAUACUGAGUAUCGACGUGGGCCUGUUCGCCUUCAUGAAAUUCUGGGGCCUCGACCUCAACAUGCUCACCAUGGUCAACCUCAUCAUCUCAAUCGGUAUUACGAAACACCCACACACCCACAAACGCCUCAACGAACACACAGAGGGGGAGGGAGGCAGGAGCGUCAUGUGUGUGUGUGUGUGUGCGAUUGCAGGUUUCUCGGUCGACUACACCACCCACGUGUGUCACACAUUCGCACACGCGACGGGGCCCACCAAGAAUCACAGGUGAGGAGGCAGCCAUCCAUCCAUCCAUCCAUUCAUCCAUCAAUUGGCCGUGUGUGUGGUGUGUGUGGUUUGUUGAUGUGUGCAGGGCGAACGAGACGCUGGUGUUGAUGGGCAACGCCAUUUUCCACGGCGCCAUCUCGACCUUCCUCGCCAUCGUCCUCAUCGUCACAGUCGACUCGUUCAUAUUCGUCGUCUUCUUCAGAAUGAUGACACUCGUACGCCAUUGACACACACACACGCAUACCAACACGCACGCACACAACACCCUCCUCCCUGUCUGUGUGUCUGUGUGCCUGCAGGUGCUGUGUUUCGGCUUCCUGCACGGCCUGAUCAUCUUGCCGGUCAUCCUGACGUUCUUUGGCCCCCUGGACAACCUCGAGACCACUCUCAAGGGCGUGCCCACCUCGCUCAGCAUUCAGGACGCUCUCGACAGAGAGGCCUCCCCGGUCGAGGCCGGCAACAGCAGCUACUACCACACCGACGGCAACCGUCUGUCGCCCAUCGAGGAAAGCCCCAUCGACAGCAACACCGUCAAGGAGUUUAAGCCACACGAAUCUACCAACCGCGGCCCCGCCACCACAGUGCACCAGAUGGCGCCCUUCACCAAGAGUGGCGUCUCCGACACGUCGUCCAUCUUCAACUCGGGGGUGGCCAACGUCUUCGACACGGUCAACGCCUUCAACACGCGGCAGCUCGUGAGCUUCGCCCUCGCGCCCCCGCACACCAAGACCAUGAGGGAGCCCUCACCAGGCACCCGAUGCGGCAAACGCCUGACCGCCGCCACCGCCCAAGACACGGACAACCAGUCUGUGUGGAUGUCGGCCAACUCGACAGCAGGCAACAACGGGGCGGGAGUGCAGGUGGUCUCGCGAGGCGCCACCAGCGCCCACGCGAAGCUGGACCGGGGCUUCCAGACCUUCCAGACGGCCGUGAGCGAGGUGGAGGAGGGCUCCACCCCGGUGCUGGGCAGCUUCUACGUGCUGGGUGGUGAGAUCUACCACGACUGCUUCCCCGCCCUGCCCGACCAGCGCACCCCAUUCUACGCCGGCAAGAUCCCCCGCUUCCGCACCAUGAAGACCGGCGAGAGGGACCUGGGGGCCGCCCACAACAAGGCCGGUGGCGGGCUGUUCCUCGACAGGCGUCUCGAGCUCAUGAACGGGAGCAGAGCGGCACCCGCUGUGGAGCCCGAGGCGAUCGUCACCCAUGACAUGGCCACUGGCCCGGCCGCAAUGGCCAGCCCCAUGGGCGGCCUCUCACGACAGACGUCGAGCCUCAAGGCCAUCAAGAAGCGCAUCAGAGCCGUAAGAAGACCAAAGGGGGGCGAAGGGAGAACAAAUGAGUAUUGUCGUGUGCGUCAUUUGUUCAGAGCACGGAAGCGGUGGUCAAGGAGGAGAUCUUCCUGCGGAGCGAGACGGGGCGGCUCACCCGGCAGUCGACCCAGCAGACGAGCCACCCCAUGUCGCCCCUCUCACCCCUCGAGCGCGAGCACAGCAUGGCGCGACGCAACUCGUUCGCACGGAAGCUGUCCCGGCAGCUGAGCAACUUCUCCCGCCGCCUGACGCGCAAGCAGUCGAUACCCCCCACAAAGGAGGCCGAGCGCGAGGUGUCGCCCGUGAGCCAGGUGUCGAUGCCCUCGCCCUACCCCCAGAUGGUCACCUGGCCGGCCUGCUGGCCCGUCCGCGGCACCGACCUUCGACGGCCGGGGUGGGAGAGCGAGAAGGGAUGCACCAUUCCUGCAGUCAAAGUGCACAACAUGGUACACACACGCAGACAGACAGAGAGACACACACACAGAGAGAGAGAGAGAGAGAGGGAGGGGCGAGGGAGGGAGGGAGAGAGGGAGAGCGCACCAGUGUCUGAUGUAUCUGUGUGGGUCCGUGCAGUCGUUGGAGGCGGUCCAUAAGCUGGUGCAGAUGGCGCAGUCGCCUGUGAGCGAGUGGAAGUUUCAAUCCGAGAAGAAUGGCGUCGUGGUUAGCACAUAUCCCAGAGCACCCCUGCCCCCCACCACACACACACUCAUCCAUCCAUCCAUUUGUGUGCAAUUGCUCAUGUUUGUCUGUUUGUAUGUGUGUCAGCUGGAGCUCAAGACGUUGCCGGAUAGCAAGGACCCCGUGAUCCGCGGCCGGUACACGAUGCGGUCGCCCGGGCUGGACAUCCACGAGGUCAAGGAGGUCAUCCUCGACAGAAAUAGCGUCUGGCGGGCCCAGUAUGAGUUCUGGCUUUACGAGGCCAGCCAGCACGUCGCACAAGUCGCCGACGAGACCUUCCUCACAUACCAGGUCAGAAAGAAGACAAGACACACAGACAGACAGGAGCGUGUGUUGGAUGGAUGGAUGUGUGUGUGUGUGUGGUGUGACCUGUAUGUGUAGAUCUACAAGAGUUCGAUCCCGAGCGACUCCCGGCGUGUGCUCUGCCACAUCACUCACGCCGAGAUGGUCCGCCCGCACACACACUCAGCCAUCCAUGAGACGAGACACCCAUUCACCAUUUGCUGUAUGUGUGUGUGUGAUUGUGCAGCUGUCACCGCAUCAGUGUGUGGUUGCUGCCGUGGACCUCAAGCAGCACAUCCCCGACGACCUCCUCGUCACCAAGAAAGAGAAGGCCGUCAGAGCCGAAAUCCUGGUCAGUCACACAACACACACACAACACAGAUAACAGAGACACAUGCCUCCAUCCAUCCAUCCACCAUUGUGUGUGUGUGAUUUGCAGCAAGGGGGCCAUGUGAUCAGCCAGAGCUGCGACGGGACGAUCGACGUGGUGUUUGUGAUGCAGCUCGACGUCAAGCCGUUUGCAUGGGCACCCAGGGCGGCCGUUAGGGCGGCCUGCGCCAAUGUCUACUUCGAGCAGGUGAGAGGGUGCCUGCCCAAUGGGAGGGACCGAUAGAUAGAUGCGUCAAUGAACACUGUGUGUGUCUUGUCUUGUGGUGCCUUUCAGGCUCAGCAGCUGUAUCGCAUUGACAACGUCUUGGGCGACGCGCGGGAGAUCAUGUCCCAGCCGCCCUCGCCCAGGAACUCCGACAGCGACGCCUAGACAGACCACACACCACACCACACCACACCACAGCAGCACUGAUCUAUCCGUCCAUGUGUGUGUGUGUGUGUGUGUGUGGUGUCCGUCUUGUCUAUCGCAUCCCGUAUUUAUGAUAUGUCGUCGAUCGCAGGCAGGUGUGUGUUGCGUGAGUGUGGAUGGAUGGAGGGAGGGAGAGAUGGAUGGAUGGAUCGCACUAUUUUCAUUGUAUGGUGUGGUUCCCACGUUCGUUGUGCAGUGGAGUAGCAGCAGCCAUCGCAGCAAGCAACUGGAGAGGGAUUAAGGGAGGGGAGAGGGUGAGAGUGAGACAGUCGGGAUGGCUGCGUCUGGGCCCAGACACAUGCAUACAUUCGUCGAUUGCCCGCCUGCAUGUGUGUCGCAUAUCGUUUGUUUCUGUGUUGUAUCUAUUAUCGUUUCUGUGUGUCUCUCUGAGUGCGUUUAUGGGGUGUGUGGGGUUUUUAUGGCUACUGGUUGGUUGGUUGGUUCAUUCAUUCACUCACUCAUCCAUCCGUUCGUUUUUGGCGUAUGUCUAGCCAACCAACAUGGCGUGCAGGCGGGGCGGGCGGGCGAUGGAUUGAUGCGUGACAUGCGCAAUACAUACAGUGGCUGCCUGCAUCUUCACGGCAACUGUCUGGCGUCUGCUCCUCGAAGCCGUCAGGCUGAGGUUUACGCUCGUCAAUGUGUCGUAAGCUCUCGGCCUGGCGUCAUCGAGGCCGAGACACCGGACAAAUGCCUCUCAAGAUGCAGCAAGUCGCGAGAUGCCAUGAGAGAGUGAUGAUCCAUCCAUCCGUCCACCCAUGUGUGUGUGUUUGUGUAAUUCACGUGCUUGUGAAUGAGUGAGUGAGUGAAUGCCUGAUGGAGCGGAGUGCAUUUUCUUUGUUUCUCUGUGCCUGCCUGUGCAUCCAUCGAUCCAUUCAUUGUGUUGAUCAUCCAUCCACUCACUUCCUGUGUCCAUCCACUGUGUCGGUGUUGCGUAUUUUUCUCGUCGCUGUUCGGUCGCCUGUGUCAGUCAGACACACAUGAAGGAGAGGAGCGAACUGGCGGACGGACGGACGGACGAGAUCCUUUUUUCCGACACUGUCCAUCGUCGAUGACCGGUGACAUAGAUGCAAACAUGAUGAUGCGUGGCCAGGUGUUCAUGCGGAUCGACGUGUGCAUGCCGUGUGCGUGCCGUGAUGUGUCCGUGUACUGCGAUGAGACGACAGACAGGGCAGGAGAUCGAUGACCGACCGACCGACCGAAUGGGCGGCCGGGGUGCCAUGUAGGUGUAGGCGUAGGUGUGGGUGAGUGAGAUGCGCGAGUGAGCCGCCCCACUAAGACCACGAGCUCUUUUUUCCGUGGGGCCCUUUGUGCGACUCACUCGGUGUCUGGUUGGCUGUUGGUUAAUUGUGUUGGCAGGCGAGGAGGGAGGGAGGGAGGGAGGUUCUUUUGGGCGUGCAUUGGCUGUGGCUUUAGUCGUAGAUACCUACCUGCAUCGGGUGCCCUGGGUCGGUCGGUCGGUGGGUCUGUCUGACUGUCUGUUUCUUUGUCUUGUCUGUGGUAUAGCAUGUAGCAUGUAGUGAGUGGAUGGGCGGCCGGGUUUCCUUUUAUUUUCUUGUCGUGUCCUUUGCAGUCUGUCGUCAUACUGCGAUGUGUCUCUCGUGUGUGUGGUGCGGUAAGCAGCGUUUUCCUUUUCCUGUCUGCCUGCCUUCGUGCGUGUGUGUGUAUAUACGUGAUUUGUGUCGUGCGUGUCUUUAUGAAAGAAUGAAUGGAUGAGUGCAUUGCAGUGAUAAUGAAUGAACGAACGACGAGUGCGUGAGUGAACCCCCUUAUCUCCCCCCUCCCUCCUCGCUAUGCCUUCGUUCGUUCGUGCAGUACUAAUCAGUCAGUGAGUGAGUGUGUGCCCCAUGUGUGUGGCCGAUGGCUGAUCUGAUAGAUGUAUGUAUGUGGGUGCUGUGUGUUUUGUGAUUGAUCUAUUGCUGGUCGGUACGUAGCCGUCUCCCUCCCUGCCUGCCUUGGCUUUGCAUUCCUUUGCAUUUGUGGCAUGGCUGUGUGUGGACGGAAAGACCGAUGGACAGACGGAGGUCAGUCGGUGUAAUGCAUGUCUUCAUU